AUGCCUGGGAAAUCAUCGGUAACGGCUACAGCGACAACACGCCUCUUGAAGUAUCCCAGUGCCCGUCUCUCUACAUUAUACCAGACUGUUCCAAGGCCAAGCGAAUGCUUCAGUUCUACUUCGUCUUCGAGUUCCAAUCCGAGCUCUACAUCUAGAUUCCAUACAGGCCUUAGUCGAACUCAAAACCCCCCUCAUACACCUACACCUCACAUAACAAAAAUCCAGAACAGAAGUCACUUCAUAGCUGUCAUGCCACUUUCCUCGUCGACCAGCGACCCACCUACGAUGCCAAUUUAUCCAGGGCAUCGAAGUCUGAGUAACAGCACUGCAAUGGGCAAGAGCACGAGUACGAGAGGAAACGUAACCGCAGUAGCAACGCCAGUUGGAAGCGGAUAUGGAUCUGCGUCAAACAUUCGCAGGAUUGGGGUCGCUGAGGAAUUCAGGCGUGGAGCUUCUACUACGACGAAUAAAUUGGCGCAUACAGGGUUUGAGGUCACUCCUGUACCCAAAACUUUGCUUGAGAAAACAAAACCGAUUAGAACCGCUGCGUGUCUUGUGAUUGGGGAUGAGAUAUUGAAUGGGAAGACGAUGGAGAAAAAUUCGCAUUAUUUUGCAAAAUAUUGUUUUGACUUCGGAAUCGACCUGAAACGCGUGGAGGUCAUUCCCGAUGAUGAAGCUGAGAUCAUUGCUGCCAGCAGGCGUUUGGUCGAGCAGUAUGACUUUGUGGUCACCACGGGUGGGAUAGGGCCUACCCAUGACGAUAUCACAUAUGCGUCCCUUGCAAGAGCCUUCAAUCAAAAUCUUCAACAUCAUGAGGAGACAUUAAGACGCAUGAAUGAAAUGAACAAGAACCGGGCUUGGAUGGCUUCCAUGGAUGCUGAACAGAGAGAUGCUACAAAGAGAAUGGCAUUGUUCCCUGAAAAGGCGGAAGUUAUCUUUAUUGGAAGGGAUAUCUGGGUGCCGGUUGUCCGCUUGGAAGGCAAGCUAUGCGUGUUUCCUGGAAUACCCGCCUUGUUCCAGAAGAUGCUCGAUGGGUUGACGGAUUAUCUGCCUCUGCUUCCACCUAGUGAGAGACCACUUAGAAUUCAAAUCUUCACAGAACGUCCUGAAUCCAUGAUCGCUCCGUAUUUGACAUCGCUCCAAGCCCGGCUCAAAGCGGACGGGAUUCAAGUCGGAUCGUAUCCUGUCCUCAAUCAAGGCGUGUUUGUUAGCUUGAUUGGGAGAGACAUUCCUUCUUUUGUGGGCUCGUCUACUACAAAUGGGAAGAAACUCAAGAAAGGUCCACCGCGGAUAUGGCUUGCAGAGGUAGCGAAGGAGGUCGAGAGGGAGGUUGGGGGUAGGGUUGUUAGUGAAGAGGAGGUUGCGGAAAAGAAGGAGGCAGCGAAGGGAUUCGAUCCGGCGGGAAGACCGAUAGAGCCAAAUCCGAAUAUGACUUCUGCCUCUCCUCUCAAGGCGAAGAUAUAA